AUGGUGGCCCGAGCUUUUAGCGCUGGCGUCCUCGUGGCGGCCGCGGGGUACCUCUCGACGCGGGCGCUCAUCGAGGAGCGCACGGCCGACGCGCUCCUGCGCAUCGACGCCAUGCGCACGCGCGUCAACCCGCCUGUCCGAAGGGCCACGACCAAGAAGCCGCUGCCGCGCCACGCCGUCGAACACGAGUACUACACGAAUGUGCGCGAGAGCUGGAACUCGCGCGUCCUCGCCUUCCGCGGCCUCGUCCUGGACGCUGUGAAGCAGACCAAUCGCAGCAACGACGUCGUAGACGUGCUUCGGGACCAGCUGCACCGGCGCACCCAGCUCCUGGACGACCUGCGGACUGCGUACAUGCACGACGUCAUUGUCGUGCGCGAUCGGCUCUUUGCCCAUGGGCUAGACCCCGACGAAGCCCUCCGCGCGUUGCCCAGCAUCGACCUCACGCCACACUUGCCGCUGUUUAGCCCGACAAAUGCAGCCCUUCGCAUCUCGCCGUGCAAGGCGUGCGGCGGCAGCGUCGUCAUGCUUCGCACCGACGACGAAGCGCUGAAGAUCGCAGCUGACAAAGUCGCAGCACUCGAAGCGCAAGUGGGGUCGCUGCGUCAUGCGCGAAUAGAAGCGGAUGCAGCCGCGGCGGCCGCAACCACCGAGCUCGCGCAGAUGCAACGCAUGUUCCUCAAGGAGCAAGCCGCCCACCGCUCGGUGGGUGACGCCAAAAAGCGGCUGGAAGCCAAGCUCGUGGCCAUGGGCACGCGCGUCGCAGAGGCGACGCAGGUCGCGUUCGACCUCAAACAGCAAACGACCAAGACGGAAGCCAUACGAGCAGCCCACGACGUGCUGGCAAAGGCUCUCGGCACCACGGAGCGCGCCAGAGACGCUGCGCUGCUCCAGUGCGCAGCAACCCGCGAGACGCUCGCGACAGCCAAAAUUGAGCUCAGUGCUGCGCAAGAACGAGAAGCCGACCUCCAAGGCCGACUGCAUCAGCUAGAAGCAACGCACGAGGUUGCGAAGCAGCGCCACGACCAAGUUCGACUCGAGCUGCACCAGAUGACACAGCGCGUGCGACUCAUCGAAGAGCAGACAAAGCUUACGUACCUCGUCGAGUUGAACGUACUCACACGGAAGCUUGGCGAAGCCAGAGAGUCCUUGCGCCGUCUUCAAGAUACAACGAGCAUGCAACUGGAAGAUUAUGCCAUGCGUCUCUCGCCGCUCGCAGCAGCCCUAGCAAUCGCCCACGAGACGAUCACCCAACUGAACACAGCGCUACUUGCCCAGACCGAGGUCGCAUCGCGCGCGUCUAUUGACGAACAGAGUGAGCACGAGCGCGUGGCGGCAACCUCAGCUUCUGCACUGGCCUUAAUACGGGCCGAGUGCCAAGACAAGCUAGAGCAUCUGCGUGUUGAGCUUGCAAUUACCAAGCGUGCGCUGUGCUUGCAGCGUCUCCGAUACUACUUCAGCCGCACUUGUCAGCAGCUCAUCUCCUUUCCCUUCGUACAGCUUCUGCGACACACCGUCACCGCACUGCGAGAGAGGCUCGCGUUUCUCUUGCAGGCCCAAGCGACCAAAGAUAUCGCGAUGGCCCAUACCACGAAGGAGCUAGAACAGACUCGAGCCAGCCUCCAGGAGCAUCUGCGAGACGUGACCGAGACGAACCGGUCCCUUGCGCGCCGUGUAGAGGAACUCAGUACUCAAGGGAAAGCCCAACGCACAGAGACAUACACGGCCCAGCGACGAACGGUCGAGCUUCAAGUGCAGACGGCGCAGCAGGCAGCCGAGCUCGAGGUGCGCGCACUGGCGCUCGUCCAAGCUCAAAACGACGCUGACGUCGCUGCCAUGACCUACGAAGACUGCGUCGCGUCGCUUUUGCGCCGCAGAGAAUCCCAGCUGCAGGCUUUUGUGCUCGAGCGCCAGCACGCAUCAAUCGCACGGCACGCGCUUGAGAGCCGUCUGGACGACGCGUCACGGGCGCUCCAGCAAGUGCAGACCGAGCACGGCGCCCUGCGACAUCGCUACGCCAAGUGCUACAAGCGACUCAAGAUGGCAACGGAGACGGCCAAGGCUAAAACCAAUGCGGUCGGCGAGCUUGCCGACGACUUGGCGCUCUACGGCAAUCACAUGUGUGCACUCGAGGCCAAGCUCGCCGCCGAGACCCGCCGCGGCACUAUGUACGUCGAGAUGGUCGACAACUUGACCAAGGUGCUCCACGAGCAAACGCAGGAGGAGGUCGUGCUGCACCAGCGGCUGCACCGUCUCGAGCGCGCCUCCAGCACCGACGCGCUUGACUUUGAGGCGGCGCGGCGCGUGACAGCCGCCAAGGUGGUUCAGUGUGCGUGGCGCGCCAAACGAGUCCGCGCCAAGCACGCGCUCACGAUCGGUAUCCAGCGACAAAAGCUCACACUGCAACUGGCGUCGCUCCAGGCCAGCCAAGACGCUGCGGUGCAAGGGCUGCACUGGCUGGCAGCGGCCGAGGCGAAUGCGAGCACGUUGCAAACCCUCGGGGUCGACGCGAGCUUUCUUGCCGACGCGCCGCGCUGGGAUGACGCAAAGCGCGAGGCCGCCGCCAUCUCGAUCCAGUCGGCGUGGCGAUGUCGGCGAGCCAAGCGAGGUCGCCUUCCCGCCCCCCUUGGCAGCCCCCAGCGGAUUGCGCGGGAGCAGCACGACCGAGCACAGGCCUUGCGCCAAGCGUCGCGCCAUGAGUCGCUCGUGGCCCUGGACGUGGCCAAACUGCACAUGCAAAAGCUCGCAGCGUGUGGCGUGCGCAUCACGUAG